UCUUCUUUCCACCUCAUUUCCCUUUCGGCCACCUAAGUUCCUAUAUUUCUUGAUUAGGACCCAUUAAUUCCCAAAUUUAAUUACAAGAUUUCAAAAAAUUAGCCAGAUUUUUUCACUUGCAAAAACAUGAAGUUCUCUCUUUGUGGUUUCAGUUGUUUCUCCUCCUCUAGCAGAAAACCCACCAUCAAUACAACUACUCCAGGUGAACAGAACCAUGACAAUCUGCGAAUUUUCUCUUCUGAAGAACUGCAAAUCGCCACUGAUGGCUUCUCUUCCUCGAACAAAAUUGGGGAAGGUGCAUUCGGUUCUGUAUACAGGGGCCAGCUGAGGGAUGGCUCCAUUGUAGCUGUCAAGGUUCUUUCUGUGGAGGUGGAAUCGAUGCGUGGAGAGAGAGAGUUCAUAACUGAGUUAGCAGCACUGUGUAAUAUCAAGCAUGAAAAUCUCGUUAAACUUCAAGGAUGCUGUGUUGAUGGAGCCAACAGAUAUUUGAUCUUCGAUUACAUGGAAAACAAUAGCCUAGCUCAAAUCCUCUUUGGCAAAGAGAAAAACAGGAUGAAAUUUAGCUGGGAAGCAAGGAGGGAUAUUUCUUUAGGAGUUGCUCGUGGGAUGGCUUAUCUUCAUGAGGAGUUUCAACCUCAUCUUGUGCAUAGAGAUAUAAAAGCAAGCAAUAUACUUCUUGAUCAAAAUUUUACUCCCAAGGUGGCUGAUUUUGGUCUUUCCAGGAUACUUACAGACAAGGCUUCACAUGUUAGUACUAAGGUUGCAGGCACACUAGGAUACCUUGCUCCAGAAUACGCCAUUACAGGACAUUUGACACGAAAAUCGGAUGUUUACAGUUUUGGAGUGCUGCUGUUGGAAAUUAUCAGCGGACGAUCAGCUGUGGAUUUUGACUUGGAACUUGGUGAACAUUACCUAGUUCAAAAGGCAUGGCAAGCCUACAAGGACAACAAACUUAUAAAGGUGGUAGACAAUACUCUUAAUCUGAACUUCCCAGAAGAAGAAGCUCUUCGGUUCUUGAUGAUCGGCCUACUUUGCGUGCAAGAAACAGCCAAGCUCCGACCACGAAUGUCAACGGUUGCUAAAAUGUUGACUAAUGAAACUGACAUCAGAGAUGUUCAGAUUUCUCAACCUGGACAACUUCCAGAUCUCAAAAAUAUCAGAUUACAUCAGAAACAAACAUCUGAAAGCUCUUCCUCCAGGGAAAGAACAUGGACAACCGUCAUGAGCUUGCCUAGUACUACAUAUUUUUAAGUUGAUUAUAGAGACAGAGAAAGGGAAAGAAAAUAUUAAGUUUGCUUCUUGUAUAAUGUCAAAAGGAAAAGAAAAAGAAAAAAAAAAAAAAGAUGUGGUCAAACUCUUCCUUUUUUGGAAAAGAAAGGAAAAGAAAAAGGGAAAUGGAUUUUUUUUUUCACAGAUUA